UCUUGGCAAAGUUUCAGUGCGACGAGAGGCGCCGGGCGCUCCAUGGCCGCGCCGUAACCGGGACCCAGCCGCCUCCCCGCCCAGCCCAGCCCAGCCCUUCCGCCCGCCCAGGAUGGAGGCGCCCGCCAGCGCGCAGACCCCGCACCCGCACGAGCCCAUCAGCUUCGGCAUCGACCAGAUCCUUAACAGCCCGGACCAGGACAGCGCAUCCGCCCCGCGGGGCCCCGACGGCGCCAGCUACCUGGGAGGCCCCCCCGGGGGCCGUCCGGGCGCCACAUACCCAUCUCUGCCCGCCUCUUUUGCCGGCCUUGGCGCGCCCUUCGAGGACGCAGGAUCUUACAGUGUCAACCUGAGCCUGGCGCCCGCCGGCGUGAUCCGGGUGCCGGCGCACAGGCCGCUGCCCGGGGCCGUGCCGCCGCCUUUGCCAAGUGCGCUACCCGCCAUGCCCUCCGUGCCCGCGGUCUCCAGCCUGGGAGGCCUCAAUUUCCCCUGGAUGGAGAGCAGCCGCCGCUUCGUGAAAGACCGUUUCACAGCGGCGGCCGCACUCACGCCCUUCACCGUGACCCGGCGCAUCGGGCACCCCUACCAGAACCGGACGCCGCCCAAGCGUAAGAAGCCGCGCACGUCCUUUUCCCGGGUGCAGAUCUGCGAGCUGGAAAAGCGCUUCCAUCGCCAGAAGUAUCUGGCCUCGGCCGAGAGGGCGGCGCUCGCCAAGUCCCUCAAAAUGACGGACGCGCAGGUCAAGACCUGGUUCCAAAACCGGAGGACCAAGUGGCGGCGGCAGACGGCGGAGGAGCGGGAGGCGGAGCGCCAGCAGGCGAGCCGGCUCAUGCUGCAGCUGCAACACGACGCCUUCCAAAAGAGCCUCAACGACUCCAUCCAGCCCGACCCGCUCUGUCUGCACAACUCGUCGCUCUUUGCGCUGCAGAAUCUGCAGCCCUGGGAGGAGGAUAGUUCCAAGGUCUCCGCCGUCACUUCGCUGGUGUGAGCCCACCAGCGCGCACAGUCGCCAAGGAACGCCGCCCCCACCCAGCGGGGCGCCCCGGACCCCCCCAGCCGGGCUGCUGGGGAACCGGGGCCGAGAGGGGAAGGGGCCGUCCAGCUCGAGUGGGCCCCAGGGCGCGGCUGCUGACUGGUCGGCCGCGGAGGGGAGUCGGGCCCGGGCUCCGCGCGGCCGCACAAUCCGAGCCCCCGCUCCGCGCCCCGUCCCGCCCCAGGCCCGGGCCUGACAAAGAAAGCGCCUUACGUUUCUCCGCCCCCCGCCCGCACCCCCCGGGCCGGGCGCCUGUAUUAUACUUUGUACUUUUGCCCAAACGUGUAAAUAAUAAAAAGUUUUGGCUUUUUUCUUUAGAAACUGGCCACCUGCUUCCCCUGCGGGGGCCGCUGGAGGAGGGGCCGCCGACCCGGCAGCUGGGGCAAGUGCCAGGGGCCCGGGGCACCCUGCGUUUAGGCUGGGUCCACUCUUCUUCUUUUCGGUUCCUUUUAUUUAAGUCGUUUUAUUUAAUAAUAAAAAAAAAGUUAGCUAUUUCA